CAGACUGCUUAUCUUGUGCUCAGGUUAGUGGAGGAAGCUUGAGGUUUUUCUUCGUCGUGCGUCUUUCUGGAAAAAAAGGAAGGUUAUACACCAGUUUCUCUGGAGUUGUGGUUGAGCAGAAAAUUGGCUCUAGUUUUAGUGGGUGGUGGUGAGUCCUGUUCAUACUGGGAGUGACAGGCUGACUUGGAGUAGCUGAUGGGGUGUGACAACACUACAAAGACUUCACUCUGCUCAAUGAAGAGGUGCUUCCUUUUCUCCUUUCUCUGUCUUAUACCGCUGUGUCUGCUCAACGGAUGGCUGAGGGAUUUCCAGGCCCUGACCGCCAGAAAUGUACACUUGAGUAGCAGCAGCAGCAUUAGAAAUGUCACCAUCCUGCUGUGGUACUGGCCCUUCAACAGGUCAUUCAGCCUGAGGGGGGACGUGUGCUGGGACCUGUAUAGCAUCCCUCACUGUAAUCUGGUGGACCAGCGCUCCUUGUUCCCCUCAGCUGAUGUGGUGGUGUUCCACAACAGAGAGCUGGUAAUGCAUCGUCAAAAGCUGCCCCUUGAACUUCCACGGCCACAGGCACAGAAGUGGGCCUGGAUGUCCCUAGAAGCCCCUGUUUACAAUGGAAACUUGCGUCGAUAUGCAAAUAUCUUCAACAUGACCAUAACCUACAGGACAGAUGCUGAUGUAUCCGUACCCUAUGGCAAGCUGCUACCCAAGGAGGCUGAAGGAAAUCUGGUAGAAGACGCCUCGCUGAAUAAGAGCUUCUUGGCCUGUUGGGUGGUCAGCAACUAUAAGCACCAUCACAAGAGAAGCAAAGUGUACAAAGAGCUCAAAGCCAAUGUUCCUGUGAAGGUUUACGGCCGGUGGACAAAGAAACCCAUCCCCUCUUCUGCUCUUUUACCUACAAUCUCACGCUGCCACUUCUAUUUGGCUUUUGAGAACUCAGUCGCCAAAGAUUACAUCACAGAGAAGCUAUGGAGGAAUGCUUACCUUGGCGGGGCGGUGCCUAUCGUCCUGGGACCGCCACUAGAUGAUUACAAAGCUGUGGCUCCACCGAAUUCUUUCAUCCAUGUUGAUGAGUUUGCAUCUGUCGAAGACUUGAGUAAGUAUCUACAACAGCUUGCAGAGGACAAGAAACGCUACAAUGAGUAUUUUAAUUGGAAACAUCAGUGGAAAGUGAAGCUGUUCACAGACUGGAGGGAGAGACUGUGCAAGAUCUGCUCACAGUACAACAGUUUACCUCAGGAGAAAGUUUACGCUGACCUUGAGGCCUGGGUCAACACUAAAGACAACUGAACCUCCAUAGCUGUUGUCAAGGGGAUGGUUUGGAUCUUUAUAAGUGGGGUUGUUUGAGGUACUUAUCCAUAGUCAGUGUAUUACAUACAGUAGAUGGUGGCUGGUACGCCCCCAGUUUGUUGAAGCAGGCUGGGCUACCUCCAUAGAAGCUAAGCACCGUACUGCUGUGGUUUGGGGUCAGCAGCAAAAUGUGUUUUAGCCGCCUAGAAAUUCAACAGUUGAAGUGUACUCUUUAUUGAGAGCAUUUUCACUACAAUAUCUGUCCUUUAGAAAGCCUGUUCCAAUGGGGAAACCAUUAAUGGCUUUUUUUCCCCAACUAUGCUUUCAUCAAAAAUGCCAGACUCCAUAAAUAAAAAACUGAAAUUUUAGCUCAUCAGUGUUAGUUCGUUGUUUAUCUCAAUGAGGAACCUGAUCGUGAGCUAUAUAACAGCUUCCAUGUCAAAAAUUGCUGCUGACAAGAAAAGGCUGUGAAAAUUCUAAAUAUAGUGUACACUUAAAAUAAUACUGAUAUAUUUUUAGGUGGCUAGAACACAUUUUGCUGCUGGUCCCUCCACAGCCAUACAUUGAUUAGCUUCUGUUUUGGUAUUUCUGUCUGCUUCUCCAAACUAGGUGCGUGCAAACUGACUCCUAAUGUAUGUAAUAGACUGACUAUGGAUAAGUAGCCCACCUCAUACAUCCCCACUUUAAAAGAUCCAAACCAUCCCUGUAAUUUGUCACUUACUUUUGUCACAAUGGAAGACAUUAUGUCCUCAUUUUUUCGCAUCAGGACCUAUACCCUUCUAUCAUACAAGAUGCAUUUUCUUCAUGAAUGAUAAACAAAUGGUAGAAAAUGAAAGGGAGAAAAAUUUGAACAUUGCAGAGAAAUCUGAAGAAUUACAUCCUUGAGAUUGAGGAAACAUGAAGCAAGGACAUUGUAGAAACAUGUAUACUGUAUAUGCAAACAACCAGCACAACCUACUACUUCAUAUUAAGAACAAUGACCAAGAUAAUUAAAUUUCUAUCACUGAUAUCCAUAGCACUUUAUGACAAACACUUGACCUCUCUAAGAUUAAAAGAAUAGUUUGGCAUCUUGGGAAAUUUGCUGCUUUCUUGCCAAAGUCUGACUGGGAAAUUGAUAGCAUGUCUGCACAACAAACAAGAAGCUUCAGCUAGCAUCUAGCUAAUUUAGCUUAGCACACAGCUAUCCUGGCUCUGUCCAAAACUGCAAAAUACAACAUUUUGAUUUGUAGUGACAGCUUUAGAGGUGCUUGUAUGUAGACUUUAUUACCUUUGGACAGCACCAGGCUUGUUGCUCUCCCCUGUUUCCAAACUAAAGCUAAGCUAAGCUAACCAGCUGUAACUUCCUAUUUCUUGCACAAAAUUGAGAGUGAUACCAAUGUUCUCAUCCAGCACUCUGCAAGAAAGCCAGGUCAAUUCCCAAAAUGUUCAGCCAUUUCUCUCAGUUUAACUCAACACAGCAUACAGUCCAGUCCACUUUAAGGGCACUUGCAUAAAAAAUAAACCUGAAAUAAAUACAUGCCCAAACUGUGAAAUGGCUGCCUGCCUUAAAGCUCCAGUGUGUAGGUAUUAGAGGCAUGUAUUGGCAGAGAUGGUCUAUAAUACUCAUAACUAAGUUCUCAGUAGUUUAUAACCACCUGGAAAUAAGAAGUGUUGUGUUUUAGUUACCUUAAAAAGAGCCAUUUAUGAGUUUGUGCUCCCCCAGGGCAGCAGCUCAACCUUGCAGCCAUUUUUCCCCCAGUGGCUACUUGUGAUAUUACAGAGAAAAAUCCCUUGCAGCUAAAAAAGCAUUUUCCCCAUAGAUCACUAUUGUAAAAGUGUUGACAGGAAACCUUGAAUGGCAAACAAGACCAAUUAUUACUCUUUCUAAUAUGAAUUUUUGAUCCAGGGAGGUUUAAUUUUUGUAAAACUUUCCUCAAGCCAAGAAAAACAACUUCAAAAUCUAAGAGCCAAACAAGAACUCAUAGGCUGAGCCACCAGGAGAAACAUUACUGCAUAUAUUCAGUGGGCCACCUAACCCACAAGCAAACACAGAAGCUAGAAACUAUUUUUGGCAUAUGUGCCAACCAAACAGUUGGACUAAAUAGAUGCCAUGCAAUUUCUAAGUAUUAUUAUACAUAUAUGGUCCUCUCCCACAGAGUCACUGGCUCUUUAUAGGGCCAUUUGUGCUUUCGCAUUGGCCAUCAUAGUUCUAAUAAGCGUUUGUACACCGAAGUUUAAGUUCUGAAACCUCACCACUGAAUGUCAUUAAAUCCUACACACUUGUCCUAUAAUUAAACACAGAUACUGUAUAGACCUCCACCAUGCACAACAGAUAGCCUAAGGUAGAUGGCACUUACAGCCUCUACUACUACUACUACUACUACUACUACCAAGUGAUCCUUGAUGGAUACAUGGUGAUCAAGGAAUUUAAAACUUUGAAAUGUUGAAGAACUGAUGACAAAAUUUGCGUUUGGUUUCAUGUUAAAUGAUUGAAUGCUGAGGAUCCUUAAAGAAUAGUAAAAAUAAUGAUCUAUAUGAGUUUUGUUAAAAUGUCCUCUCUUCUCUCAAAAGGAGAAAGACUUGAGCUUGAAAUCGAAUCCAAUUCUGCUCUGUUAUUACAAUGUGAGCAUAUCCUAUAAAAAGACUUUCACAUUUUAAGGAUGCAGUAUGAUUCAAACCACUGGCAUAUUUUUGAAUGAUUUGAUAUCAAUAUCAUGAUAUUGUAAUUUCACAUUUGUACUGCAUUGGAUUUUGAAGAGUUUGGCAUGUUUAACUGUUGUGUUCAUGCUAAUUAAAUGACUUACUUAA